AUGGCUACAACAAAUAAGAAAUUACAAAAAAUUAUGACCCAACCUAUAAAUCAAAUUUUUAGGUUUUUUACGAAUAAAACAGUUGUACAAAUAUGGCUUUAUGAUAAGCCAGACAUAAGAAUUGAAGGAAAAAUAUUGGGUUUUGAUGAAUAUAUGAAUAUGGUUUUAGAUGAAUCUGAAGAAAUUUUAGUAAAAAAAAAUUCAAGGAAACAAUUGGGAAAAAUUUUAUUAAAAGGAGACACAAUAACACUAAUAAUGGAAGCACAUAAAGGAGAACAAAAUUAA